GAAGACUUCAUUUUCUUUUAUUAACGAUAAACUGUGUUGACACAGAAGAAGACGAAGUACACACAGAGGUAGAAGAAAAGGAAGAGAGUAUCGGGUUUUGGAUUUAUUAGACUUAGGCUGCUAACUAUGGCAUCGGUGUGGCUACUGUUUAUAGUGUUCGUGUUUGAUCUCAUAGCUUUUGGGCUUGCCGUUGCUGCAGAACAGCGAAGAACCACCUGGCAAGUUGUUAAUGAAUCAAGAGAUUCAAGCUACUGUGUGUAUGAGAAGGAUAUAGCAACGGGUCUCGGAAUAGGUUCUUUCUUGCUCUUAUUAGCUAGUCAGCUCUUCAUAAUGGUAGCGAGCCGAUGUUUAUGCUGUGGAAGAGCCUUGACACCAAGUGGGUCUAGAUCAUGUGCUAUUCUUCUCUUUAUAACCACCUGGUAACAAG